AUGGUGGACUACAUGGCGGUGGUCGACGUGGACGAUCCGACGGGAGCGCGCUUCGACAGCAAGGCCGAGUUCUACUACCGCAAUGUGGACAUCGUGCUGCAGCGCUUCGGCUGCCACGCCAAGUACAGCGUCUACGGCUGCGACGACUGCCGCGACGCGUACAAGUACUGGGUCUGCAGCAUCAAGUUCCAGAAGUGCGGCUCGCAGAUCGUCAAGACGGACCGCGGUGCCACAAAACUGCAGUACUCGACGGACAUGUGCGACUACAAGGCGACGACUGCGACCAAGACGGCGACUUCAACGUCCAGCAAGACCACAGCGUCCUUCUGCGUUGAAGGAUCAUCGGGACGCUAUCGCACCUGCCUGUCGAUCUGCGAAGAUGUCGUGAGGAAAUGCCCAUACGUGCUCAACUUCCAAUGCCCCAUGACGGAGACUCCGUUCUUCUCGGCCGAUAUCACCACGUGCAAUAAGCUGGAUCGAGUCUCCAAUCCAGAUCGACCGAGCCGUGCUUGGCCAGGCACGUUUGCGGACGCAUGA